AUGGCCUUUUCUGACAUGCCUAUAAGGACACUUGCUGCUCCACCAUUUCCAGCCCCCCUCCCCUCUCUCUGUGGAGGUGUUGGGCGUACUGCUCAGGCCAAGAAUAGGCAUUCAAAUGGACAGGGUCGCUGGCCUGUUAAAUCUGCUAGCUUCAUUUUGGAUUUGCUCAAGAAUGCUGAAAGCAAUGCAGAGGUGGAAGGACCCCGCGGGAAGCUUACUCGCAACUUCAAGCAUCUCAACCUCGACUUCCAGCUCAUCACCGAUGAGGCCACUGGAAAGAGGAAGCUCAAGGUCGAUGCUUGGUUCGGCUCCCAGAAGACUACUGCCGCCAUUCACACUGCCCUCAGCCACGUUGAGAACUUCUAUCAGCCACGUUAA